UCAAUAAAGUUUGUUUACAAUUUUGAACAGUCGAACAUACCAUGCCUACUAACUGAGAAAAUUGAAUAUUUUGAAUUUGUGUUCGAUUUUAAAAGGUAAUUAAAUUUGUACAAUGCCGGAAAACAUCAUGCUGCUCGCUUGUGGUUCGUUCAAUCCUCCGACACCGAUGCAUUUUCGCAUGUUUGAAAUUGCAGGUAAUGACUAUCGGGGCAGCAGAGAGGUAAAUGUAAUUGGUGGAAUCGUAUCGCCAGUACAUGAUUCGUACAAAAAGCCGAAUGUUCAAUUAGUUUCAUCUGAACAUCGAUGCAAAAUGAUCAAAAUGUCGCUCCAAUCGUCCGACUGGAUUCGACUGUCAAGUUGGGAAUGCAAACGAAAACAAUGGUCACCAACAUUGGAAGUGCUUCAGUAUCAUCAAAAUUAUCUCAAUUCCAUACUAAAAGAUGACAACGAAUAUUGGAUGGAAAAUGUGCCGAAUUGGAUGCCAUCUAAUAUAGCCGAAUAUAAGGAAAGACAAAUCAAAGUCAAACUGCUCUGUGGUGCCGAUCUACUUGAAUCAUUUGCAAACAGAAAUCUUUGGAAUGAUACAGAGCUUGAAACUAUCUUGAGAGAGCAUGGUGUGGUUGUAAUAGCCCGUAACGGAUCGAAUCCACAGAAAUUUGUCUUCAAUUCGGAUCUAAUGUAUGAGUACAAAAACAACAUAACGAUUAUCGAAAAUUGGGUGCCGAAUGAAAUCAGUUCAACAUUAGCAAGACUACAUCUGCGACGUGGUUUGUCAGUGAAAUACUUGCUGAACGAUGAGGUCAUUGAAUACAUCCACGAUAAGAAACUGUACCAGUCAGAUUUAAAGCACAGAGCAAUAUCGGAACAGUUCAAAAUAAACGAAACAAGUUUCUAUUCCGAUCAACCCAAAAGUGAUAAGCUAAACAUGGAUGUAACGGACAGUUCACCGCGGAAAAGAAAUAGCGACAAUCAAUGCAGCCAAAUAUUGUCUUCCCCCAAGAGGAAAUACGCACUCCGCAGUCAAGCAGACGAUAAAUGAGCUACAACCAAAGCAAUGAUAUCUAUUCAUCCACAUUCGAUGUAAACAUUGAUUCAGUCAGUCACUGCGCGCUACCAGCCAUAUUAAUUUGUUGAUUAGUUUUAGACUCUUCGAUUCAUUGUACUGAUAUUUAUUUGUUGCAUCACAUAAAAAUCC